AUGAGUGGUCGGUUUUCUCGGUCCAUCUAUGUUGGUAACUUGCCUGGUGACAUUAGGGAGUCUGAGAUUGAAGAUCUCUUCUACAAGUAUGGCCGCAUAGUUGAUAUUGAGUUGAAGGUUCCACCUCGUCCUCCGUGUUACUGCUUUGUUGAGGCAUGUCUCUUUUUUGAGCAUCCUCGGGAUGCUGAAGAUGCAAUCGAUGGUCGUAAUGGCUACAACUUUGACGGCUGUCGCUUCAGGGUUGAGCUUUCCCAUGGUGGUCGAGGACAGUCUUCAGGUGAUCGUCGUGGCGGUGGUGGAUAUCGUGGUGGGGGUGGUGGCUAUGGAGGUGGAGGUGGUGGAUAUGCCCGUUUUGGUGUCUCAAGACACUCUGAAUUCAGAGUUAUUGUACGUGGGCUCCCAUCAUCUGCUUCAUGGCAAGAUUUGAAGGAUCAUAUGCGGAAAGCUGGUGAUGUGUGCUUUACUGAGGUCACUCGAGACAGUGAUGGAACUUAUGGUGUUGUUGACUACACCAAUUAUGAUGACAUGAAGUACGCGAUAAGGAAACUUGAUGAUACAGAGUUCAGAAACCCCUGGGCUAGAGGCUAUAUCCGGGUUAAGAAGUAUGAAAGCUCCCAGUCAAGAAGCCCAAGCAGAAGCAGGAGCCGUAGCCGAGGCCGUGGUCGCAGCCCUAGCCGCAGCGUUAGCAGAAGCAGGAGCCCAAGAAAGAAUCUGAGUAAAUCACCAAGACGUUCCCUUUCAAGAUCCAUAUCAAAAUCUAGAUCACCAUCUCCUGACAGAAAGAAGAGUCUCCCUAA